AUGUUGGGAAAAGGAGAACAACAAUAUGUUCAGAAUGGACAGGAAAUGGAGAAUGAGCUACCCUUUAUGAAGAGGCCAUGGUUCAAAAAAGCUUAUGAAAAGGCUAUUGAAUUCCAUGAGAAAGACGAAUUACUGGACGCAAGAGAUAGACUAGAGUUAUCGAAGGCCUAUAGGUCCAUUGCUAAGGCUGAGAUGUGGGGUGGCUGGCUUGGGUUUUCAGCUGUAUUUUUGACUCCGUUUGCCUAUCGUUACUACAAGACCAAUGCAAUUAGAGGUGUAAAGGUGCCUAGGAACUUUGUCUUGGGUGUAAUGGCUUUAUUUUUCGCUACAAAUGUUGCUGGUAGGUCCAUGUAUACACGACAGUUGAACGAACGUGACCCUACAGGUGUCCUGAAGGAUAAUUAUUCCAACAAAUAUGGUGAUAGCGACUUUGAAGCCGCUCAACCUGACCAAACAAAAGAGGUUUCGAGGAAUCAGAGACAGUACGACAUGAUGCGGCUAUUAGAUUUAGGCUCCCCCUCAAGAUGGUCGAUGUACUUUUACAUUACGUACCAAAAUCCGGAGAGAAGAUUGCCAGAUCCGAAAGUCAAACUGCAGCAAAUGAAAAAGGGUGGUUUUUUCAAUGGCUCGCCCUUCAUGAACCAAAGGGAUCCUAUAGGAUUGUAUCGUAAUAAAGGCAGAGAAUCUCCUGACCCAGCUGAUGGAGGACAAGACGACAGCCAUGCGCUGUCUUCCUGGGAAAAAAUCAGGAACGGCGACAACGGUUCACUUACAUCAUGGGAAAUUAUAAGGAACACCAGGAGAAAUCAGUCACAGAAGCCAGAUGCUUCAGUAAAUGGUGGAUCCGAUAUGUUUAUCUCAGGGUUGUCCGACGGUGGUGAUAGUACCGAUAAUAUCUCUUCUGAUGAUAGAUAUCAACGUCUACUGCAGAGUGAGAGAAAUGGUGAAAACCGUUCUUAG